GCAUCUAGCACCAGAGAUUCGUUGUGGGCUAAAAACGUGGCGCACAUUCAAAGCGUGCUUCACGACUCCCUCCUCCCCUCCCUCCUUCCUCCCAUCACCAGACGCUUCGGCCCGAGCUGAGCCAGAAGCAGAGCGAAAGACCAAAACUCAGCAGCGCUCAACCACCACCAGACAACCGCAAAUUGCCCGUUCCUUCUUCUCCUCCGUCGCCUCCCAUGGCCGCCCACCUCCACCUCCACGCCUCUUCGCUUCUUCCCGCCGGCAUAGUCGCCCGCAACGGGAAGUCGCUCUCCCUUGCCUUCGUUUCUGAUAAGAGCCAGAGUUUCUUCGUACGACCCGCCUCGGCCCCGGCCCUCAGGGCGGCGGGCUCGCCGCGUGUCGUCGCGGCCGUGAACACGGCCGUGGGCGGGGCCCCGCCGGCCGCCGCCGCGCCUCCCAAGACGCUGCCGUUUAGGGUGGGCCACGGCUUCGAUCUCCACAGGCUGGAGCCCGGGUACCCUCUGAUCAUCGGCGGCAUCGAUAUACCUCACGACAGAGGCUGCGAGGCUCACUCUGAUGGGGAUGUGCUGCUUCACUGCGUGGUGGACGCGAUUUUGGGAGCUCUGGGGCUUCCGGAUAUAGGGCAGAUAUUCCCGGAUUCCGAUCCCAAGUGGAAGGGUGCGCCUUCGUCCGUUUUCAUCAAGGAAGCCGUUCGGCUCAUGCAUGAGGCAGGCUAUGAGAUUGGAAACUUGGAUGCCACCUUGAUUCUCCAGAGACCAAAAGUCAGCCCGCACAAGGAAGCCAUCAGGCAAAACCUAUGUGAGUUGCUUGGAGCAGAUCCGACUGUUGUUAACCUCAAAGCAAAAACUCACGAGAAGGUUGAUAGCCUCGGAGAAAACCGGAGUAUAGCAGCUCAUACUGUGGUUCUCCUUAUGCGGAAGUGAAGGAUAUGCGGAUAUCACACGCCAUUAAACAACUGCAGCUCUUCAUUUAUGUAGCAUCAAAGGGUAAGAGGAUAAAAGGAUAGAAUGUUAAUUACACUUCCCCCAUGUGAGCAAUAAAGUCCAACCUUUCCUGAACACGUGCGGUGCACUAAUAGUAAGUCAGCAAUAUACGUCUCAUCA